AUGGAUGUUAUAUUAAACGAUUUACUGGAUGGAUCCGUAGAUAAAUUAACUAAUGAUGAAAAAGAAUAUUGCUUAACAGCUCUGAGAGACAUAUUACAAUCCGAUAAUAAAUCAUAUGAUACAUAUUUUUCUUCUAGGGCUUCGUCAGGAACCAUUACUGAAGAAAUUGCAGAAAUCGAUGCAGAAAUAUCUAAUCUAGAAAGAAAAAUGCGAGAUUUACUUGUUAGUAAUAAAAAUGCUAUCGUUAAUGAAGUCUUAAGAAAUGAGGACACUAAGCAGUUGGGUAGUAUUCGGUCUGAUUUGGAACAAUUAUGGGAACUAGAUAAUAUUGUAACUAAUACUAAGAAACUGAAUUCAACAGGUGUGCAAGAGACUACAUCUGACGAUCUAUCCAUUGAAGAGCUUCUGGGACAAAGUCAAUCCAAGAAGGAGGAUAAAGAUGAUGAAUUCCAUACAGCUUUGAAAAAACUGAGGAAUAGAAUGUCAAAGGCACAAGAAAAAAAUACUGUAACUGGGAAUUUAGCAUCCGUCUUGGACAAUUUAACUAAUAUAACUGAUUUAAUGGAAUUACCAUAUUUGGCACGUACAUGUAUAAGAACUGGACAUUAUCAAGAGGCAGUCAUGCUAUACACUCAUACCAAUUCAUUAAGGGUUAAGUAUCCAGAUUCCACCAUCAUCGAAGAGAUUUGUCAAAAUGUUUUGAAGGAAAUAAAUACCACGAUGUUGACGGGAUUAGUCAAAUUAUUGUCCACAAGUUCUACUGUAAAUUCCAUGAAAAAGAUUUUGAAAUACCUUGCUGCCAUACCGCCGUUUGAUGUGAAAGAAUCAUCGGCAUUCUUAAAUGUUUUCCUUCCAGUUCGAUACAAGUUCAUACAGGGAGAAAUAUCGGCGUAUUCUAUUGGAACGGAUGUGUCAAAUGAUUCACUAAUGGAGAUGAUGGUGAAAAGGAAGAUUGAAGUUUUAAGAGAGCAUAUUUACGUGUCAUUAAACGUAUUUUGUAAAUCAUUUUCAUUCGCGACUGAGGAAAUAAAUUUCCCUUUAAUUCCUCAAUUAUCAAAUAUCAAAGAUAAAAAUGGUAACACGCUGUCCACGUAUAAUAAACCAGUGGCGACGAACCCAUUAAUGUUACAAUUUGUAAGACAAUGCUUAAGUUUUCUAUUAAAGGAACUCACAGCUGUGGAUUUAAAGUAUAAGCUAAGUGAUUCGGUGUGUUUACAAUUGGUCUACUGUUCUUUCCGAUUGUUUGAUUUGAAUGCGAACUUUCAUAAGUUAUUCCUUAACCAAGUUUACGAAUCUGGUUUGUUUAAAAAGGAACAACUAAUUAAUGCUAUUAAGAAAAGAUCAGAAUUGGCAUCUGUAUAUUCAUAUGGUUCAUAG